AUGGUAACUGAGAAGAACAAAAAGCCAAGAAGUAAAGCAAUGGUAAAAAGGCGCAAGGAUCCAAAUGCACCAAAGAAGCCCAUGUCUGGGUAUUUUAUUUUUGGACAGGAACAAAGGAAAAAGAAUGAGGAGUUGAGUAAACUACCGGUUGCGGAACAAGGAAGAUCGAUUUCUGAGAUGUGGAAGAAACUAACUGAUGAGGAAAGAGAAGAAUACAAUAAAAUAUCAAACAAGGAGAGAGAACUGUACCAAGCGAAGGUUGAGGAGUAUAAGAAAAGCGCAGAGUAUCAUGACUAUCUUGAGAAGGUUGCAGCUGAUGAGGAAGCGGCAGGAAAGAAGAAAAAGGGUGUUAAAAAAGUAACUGGAUAUAACGAGUUCUUCAAAGUUAUACGCAAAGCUGUUUCUGAGGAGAAUCCUAACUUUACAAUGAUGGAGACUACAUCUGCUGUUGCAAAGCGAUGGAAAGAGCUUAGCGAUGAUGAGAAGGCGGUGUAUAACAAGAUCGCUGAAGAAAAGAAUAUGAAAGCGGGUCUGGUUGGAAGAUAG